GAGGUAAAUCGCACGACACUUGGUGUUCGGUCGACCUACCUGCGGUGUCUGCUUCAAAGGGCGCAGAUUGGCAAGACCUUCUACACUGCGAAGCAGCACAAACGCCUGCACGAGAAAAAGCGAGGCCGGCGUGAGCACCCUCAGAAACCGCUUGCCACCAUGUCUUUUCUUCCGCUCGAAUUGGACGUCAAGGCGGCAACGACGGCAACCUUGCAAGCAUCCGUUCAAGCCAAACUCGGGAAGCUCGGGUACGCCUCGGCAGAUGAUGCGGUGAUGGCGGAGUACAUCGUCGUCAUGUUGGCCAAUCGCAAAGGCCCCGAGCAGGUGUCGGACGAGAUGAAAGACCUCAUCGGCGAGGACUACGACCCGGUUUUCGUCAACUGGCUUUGGGAUGAAGCACAUCACGUUCUGGGCGGAGGAGAGCCGCAGAAUAUUCGUAGCGAGCCAUCAUGUGGGCGCCGACGCUCAAGAACGAGGUCGCCCGUGCCGCAGCGAGAAACCUACUGUCGAGUCGAUCGUGGCUACGAAGGAAGAAGUGGGCAGCCUGAAGAGGACAUAGAAAUACCAAGAAGAAGUUUGUCGCCCGCGAAUCCCUCGCGAAGAUACGACAUGCGAUCGGAUGGACGGACCGCACCACCUCCCCAACGCGAGCUCUUCUCAGCAGCCAUGUCGCAAGUUUCUCGGCAGUUGGAGGAUCCUCGAUUUGGCAGAGGCUCUGGACGCCAGCCUCGAGAGGGUGGCUCAGAUUUGCUGCUCCGCGGCGUAUCAACUCGGCAAGGGCUUGCGAUGGAUGAUCCAGCUUUCUCAUCAGUGUCUCUUGCUCGUUCAGACUUCAGUCAUGUCCAGCACACCGAGCCAUUCCAACCGCAUUCUGAUCAGCACAGAUGGGGAGCUGGUGAAGGGAGAGUACAGCGAUCGCCACCAAGAGAGCUGUUUGGCGGGCCAAGCGGACGCGAGCCUCCGCUUGGGCCAAAGUCAAUGCGGCUCGGUGAAGCUGGGCCAAGUCUAGCGAAUCAACAUCUUCGACAGGCGGCGAAAGAGUCCAUCUUCUCCCGUCUACGCGUACCAGACCCGCGCGCUGCCGAAUUUGUUCCCAGCAGCAAUGGGCAUGCAGGCGACAGCCGACCGGCUCCGGCACAACCAUCUCUUUUGUUUCGUCUGGAUCCACGCGUACCGGACAAUGCUCAACUACCCCCAGUAGUGGCGAUACCUUCGAGCAUGGCUCACAACCUCGAUCCUUCUCGGUUCCCUCGCCAACCUUCCGACAAGGGAGCUUGCCGCUAUCUGCUUAAAUGCACGAAUCCGAUGUGUCAAUACUCUCACCCUACACCAUGCCUUGCCAACACGCCACACGAGGAGGAGGCGUUAAUGCUCAGUGAGCAGCCGUGUCGGUAUGGAUCCAGCUGCUCGAACAAAGAGUGCACUCGCAGCCACGUCAGCCCAGCCGUUUCCGUCAUAUCGACCAAGAUCAUAACGCAGCCACACUUGCAGGAACAGCAACAGCAAAUGAUGAUGAUGAUGCUGUGGCAACAGGCACAGCAUCAACAACAAGAACAACAUGCGCAGCAGCAGCCGCCCUUCGGCGAUGAUAAUGCGGGCAGGCCUCCUCGCUGCAAAUAUCAGCAGGAAUGCACCAAUCCGCAAUGCGCCUAUUCACACUACGACGCGGAAGGCAAAAUCGCGCCGAGUCCUGCGCUCUUGCGUCUCUCGCAGGGUGGAAGUAAACCCGGAGGAGCUACAGUGCAAGCGCAUGGAAACGAAAACAUCGACGCCUCGUCGCGUUCAAAAACGGAGAUGAUGGACGUCACACUCGACGGCAAACCUUCUGCUCUCGACCGACCACUCGGGGAUAAAACUGGCGGCAGGGACGGUGGUGCGCGCCCAUGCAAAUUUGGCUACUCAUGCACGCGCCCGGACUGCAUGUUCCUCCAUCCGACCGGGCGACGCAUCGAUGCCACGUCGGCUGUUGCUGAGCCAGGCAAGCCUCCGUGCAGAUUCGGUGCGGCGUGUUUCCGAGCCGACUGCCACUUCUCGCACCCGCCCGGCCGAAUGGUGCAGGGGCAGGCCUCGCAGACGGUCCACGUCAGCGAUCGCCUUGCGAAAUUCAACACUCAGGCGACCGUGGGGGAGGUGGAGCGGAUCAUCCCUGCGACGUCGUGAGGUUCGCUUUGGUAUUUCAGUUAGCCGCCCUUCAAAACGACGCGCACGAAUUGGCUCGAUUGUACCUUUAUUUUGCGUCGUCACAAACCAUGUGUCACGCAACUUCAGCCGACUGCCAGCCACUGGCCAUGAGGAUGCAUGCAGUGCUAUCAAAAAGUCCCUCAUCGUCCCGUUGACAGUUUGAAAUUUGAUACCUGACACAAACAUGC